AUGUCUUUUGAUUGGAGUAAGCCGGUGCCACCUAAGAAGCUAACAGCCAACGAGAAGGAUGCUCAAGCGUGGAUGAAGCAAUUCCAGGAGCAGAAGGCGCAAGCAGAUAAGUAUCGCAGAGAGGUCAAUUUUGAUAUCAGUGAUAAUGUUAUGGUCUCAACGAAGAGAUGGGAUACGGGACGGCCGAGUAAGAAGCUUGACCACCAGGCUGCCGGCCUAUUUCCUAUCGUGGGUAAGGUUGGCCACGCGUAUCAGUUGAGGUUGGAUGACGGUAUCAACGUGCAUCCAGUGUUCGCACUGGAGAAGCUGAGAAGAGCGUUGUCAUCCGAACCGCUUCCAGGGCAGAUUUUGGAUAAACCACCUCCAAUCGAAGUUAAUGAUCAGCAGGAAUGGGAAGUGGAUGAAAUCUUGGAUUCCAAGUUACGAUGGAGGAAGUUGCAUUACCGCGUUAAGUGGACUGGCCAUGACCCGGAUCCAAAAUGGUAUUUGGCAUCGAAUUUCAAGAACGCACCUCGACGACUGAAGGCCUUCCACGAACGAUAUCCAGAGAAGCCGGGACCUCCGGUGAAUCUACCGAAGUGGCUCGAAGCGGAGGAGAACGAUGUGUAUUUAGAUGACGACCCGUUGGAUGCGCAAGUUGCGGUUAUCGCUGAGGAUAAUGCUUCGUCUGGUGCUUGGGGGCAAGCACCUAUCGAAGGAGGGGAUAAUGUGACGGCUGGUGCUGAGGCUAUACAGAAGAUGGUGAGAUUUGCUGACUUGAGAGGUCUGGACAGAGGUCACGUGAUCAGGGUUGGGCGAGAAGGGGCACGUGAACGCGCCACUGAUAUCUGGGACCAGGGAUAG